UCAGUCGAGUUUGGCAUUCUUGCGAGCUGAAACAGGGCUACAGAGGCGUCCAAAAUGAAGUUCUCGUCCGUUUGGCUUUUUACCCUCGUUUUCACUUCAUUUCCAAUCUUAACGACAUCUCACUGGUGGUUUAUGUCUGAAGUGUUUGCAUUGGGUGCUAAAAUCAUGUGUAAUCACGACAUUGCUGGCUUGGUGAACUCUCAGCGACAGCUUUGCCGAGAGAAUCCUCAAGUUGUGGUUAGUAUUGGAAAAGGCGCGAAGCUUGGUGUAGAGGAAUGUCAACAACAAUUCAAGGACCACAGAUGGAAUUGUUCCACAAUGGCGCGCGAUGUUAGCGUGUUUGGAAAAGUUAUGAAGAAAGCCAGCCGGGAAAGUGCCUUUGUUUAUGCGAUAACCUCAGCUGGAGUUGUACACGAAGUCACCCGCGCGUGCAGUCGUGGCGAACUCAGAGAUUGUGAGUGUGACAAAAGUCGUAAAGGAACUAGCGAAAAAGGCUUCCAAUGGGGAGGAUGCAGUGACAACAUCGCCUACGGUCUGAAAUUUGCCAAGUUAUUUGUGGAUUCUGGAGAACGAGAGAGAGACGCAAGAGCAAAGAUGAAUCUUCACAAUAACCUGGCUGGACGGAGAGCCGUCAGACAUCAGACCACCCUUAAUUGUAUCUGUCAUGGUGUUUCUGGUGCAUGUCUCGUAAAAACCUGCUGGGUCACUAUGGCUUCUUUUGGUGUUGUGGGAAGCUAUCUUCGUGACAAAUAUCAAAAUGGCAUCCAUGUCACUGUGGACCAGAACGGCGACGAGCUCGUGUGUGAGUACAGACUGAUAACGGACUCCCAUGAAGGAAACAAAAUUGAUUUCGAGUGA